UAUUCUGGGCUUUGUGGCGAUUCCGGAACAACCAUAAUACAAUUCAGAUCUACGACACUUUCAGGGCCCUACCCCUGGCACCUUCCCCCCUCUCAGGAUUUCCUGCACAUACGGAUGAAUCACGCCCGACCCGACGGUGCACGACUUUUGUUCAAUAUAAAGCAACCUCCAUCUCAGAUAACCACCCCAGAUAGCCACCCCAGAUACCAAUGACCUUGCCAUCCGUUUACUACAACAACGACCCGACGUCGUUUGCCUUUUCCACCUGCCAGAAGCGCUGGCCAACGAUUGUAGAGAACAUGGUGAACGACAUCCGGCAGGCGUUAGUGGAGAACUGCAGCUCCCAGGACUUUUUGACCCAGGGAGAAACCAUUUUUGCGCGCUUGUCACAACUAUUGCUCGACAUUCGGUUCGACCACGCGAUUCUCCCGUUCGAAGAACCAUCCGUGCCGGGCUUGGCGUCCUACGACGAACGCAUCGCCAAGUUGGAGACCCCGCCAACAUGGCUCACGGCGCCAUGGCUAUUCUCGGAGUGCUACCUCUACCGCCGGGCGCACAUUGCGUUCGUCCAGCAGCCACUCUGGAAAGACUAUGACGUUUUCAACCGCUUGAAACAGGAAACUUUCAAGUCCUCCGAGGCUGGGGUGGUGGAGCUCGCCGUCAGAUACCAGCAGUUGCACGCGGAGUUGCAACACGAGGUUUCGGUCGAAAGUUUAAAGUUGUUAUUCAGAGAAUUUGCCGACAUUUCGCUCUGGGGAAACGCCACCGACUUGUCCCUCCUCGCCAACGCAACGUUGGAAGACAUCAAGUCGGUUCAGGGCGCUGAGGCGCGCAAGAACUCGGAAAAGAACAUCUUGGCGAACGACUUGGACGCUGCGUGGGACCAGUUGUACAACAAGGCCCAGGACAAGGCGCAUCGCCGCGUGGAUAUCGUGCUAGACAACUCCGGGUUCGAAUUCUACGCGGACUUGAUUUUCACCCUCUUCUUGCUCGACUCCAAGCUCGUGUCCAAGGUUGUUUUGCACUGCAAAACCAUCCCGUGGAUGGUUUCCGACACUAUGAUUAAGGACUACCAGAUCACCAUCGAUGACCUCAACAGCAAGGAGUUCUUCCCCACCGGCCGCGAGCCGUUGGAGUUCUUGGCCCGGCAAUUGGAGCAGUACAAGGCUUCGGGGGCACUUGAAUUGCAGGACCACGAAUUCUGGGCGGCUGAAUUGGACUACUGGCAUAUUAAGCCGUCGGAAACGAAGUACGGUGGAGCCGAGGUCCAUCGGGAGUUGGCAAAGUCCGACUUGGUCAUCUUUAAGGGCGAUUUGAACUACCGCAAGCUCACGGGCGACCGAAAGUGGCCACGAGACACUCCGUUCAUCACCGGUAUUGGCGACUUGGCCUCUUCCGGGUUGAAAAUCUGGUCCUUGAGAACGUGCAAGGCGGAUGUUUGUUGCGGCUUGGAAAAGGGCAAGGAUGAGGAGUUGAGCCAGAUCUGGAGGGACCAGGGCAACAAGGUUGGUGAGUUGUGGUGUUCGAGCGGUAAAUGGGCUGUAAUGAGCUUCAGUAACGGCCAGAACUAGGUAUUUAGAGUGGU